AUGGAGAGGAGUUCAUCUUCAGUAAAAGCUGCGGUCGACAUGGCAACUGCGCAUCGGGAGGCAAUUAGGGAAGGAGAAAAGAGAAAGCAAGCACAGGGAAGGGGAGAGGAGGAGGUAGGUGCAGGGAAAGGGCUUAUGGACAAGAGCUCAACUAUUGCCACCGCAACUGCACAUCUGGACGCAAUUAGGAAAAGGGAGAAGAAAAAGCAAGCACAUGCUAACGAGGGAGAAGGGAUUUCAUCAUCAGUGAAGCAUAAGGUCCCCAGACCAAGGGCAACACCUGCAAAGCGGUUCAAGUCACCACUAGCAUCGAAGUCAACUGGAGUCAGGAUGAUGCUAUCCCCGAGGGUCAUUUCCCCGUCUACAACAUUGGCUAGGUCUUCACAAGAAUCACCAAUAUCUCCUUUUAUCAAAAAAAGAAGUAUGCUUGGUCACGGAUCUUCACAUAGGAAUAAACGACGCAGACUUACUUCACAUAUAUGGAAAGAAUUUGAUCCAAUAUAUGAUAAUGGGAUUCUAGUAGAGGCUCAAUGUAUGCAUUGCAAUCAAUUAUUCAAAACAACCAGAGACAUUGGUACAAGUGCUUGUGGCAGACACUUGAAGACUUGCAAGGGAAAAGCUAGAUUGGAUGAAAUGGUCUCCCAAAUGAGUUCUGGUAUGUCCAAGGCUGAUGUGUCUUUGAAAGAUUGGAGGUUUAAUCAAGAAGUAGCCUACCUAGAGCUAGUUAAAUUUAUUGCCAUGCAUGAAUUACCAUUUAGCCUAGUUGAAUAUCCAAAAUUCAGAUCAUUUGUGGAUACCAUAAACCCAUGGUUCAAGCAUGUGUCCAGAACCACCAUAAGGUCUUAUUGCAUUGACUCCUAUGAGGAAGCAAGAGCAAACUUAAGAAAGUUGCUGAACAAGUCGAAAUCUAGAAUUUCCCUCACUGCAGACAUGUGGACCUCAAACCAGACUCUAGGCUACUUGUGUGUGACUGCUCACUAUAUUGAUGAUGAGUGGGAACUUUAUAAACGGAUCAUAAAGUUCACUCUUGUUGAGUCACCCCAUGAUGGUAGAACUAUGUUCAAUGCCUUGUUGAGAACACUUCAGGAUUGGAACAUUGAAAGCAAUGUAUUUGCAAUUACAUUGGACAAUGCAUUUGUAAAUGAUAACUUUUCAAAAACUUUGCAACAGAACCUUGUUGAUAAGGGUCAAUUAUCUCGCAAAGGAAAAUUGUUUCAUUGUCGUUGUGCUGCACAUGUCUUAAAUCUGAUUGUUCAAGAGGGUUUCAAAUCAAUCAGUAGUGCUACCAAGAACAUUAGAGACAGUGUAAAGUAUGUUAAGAGCUCACAAGCUCGGAAGCAAAGGUUUGAAGAAAUCGUAGAGCAAGUUGGUAUUUCUCCUGGGAAACGACCUCCUCUUGAUGUUGUAACUCGAUGGAAUUCAACAUUCCUAAUGCUCGAGACAGCUCUGAAGUACAGGAAGGUAUAUGAAGCUUUAAAGCAGGGGGACCUGCAAUACUUACAUGAGCCUUCAACCAAGGACUGGAAGGUGGCAAAGAAGCUGUGUAACAUGUUACAGCCUUUCUAUGAAGCAACCAAGAUAGUCUCGGGAUCAAAAUAUCCUACUUCAAGUCGUUACUUUCAUAUGUUGUGGGAAGUGAAGAGAGAGCUGGACAAACAGUCUUCAAUUGGUGACCCUGUGAUUACAACUAUGGUGCAUGGGAUGAGAGAAAAAAUGAACACAUAUUGGGAUCUGUCCUAUUUGAAAAUCUGCAUUCCAGUUAUUCUCGAUCCUCGAUUUAAGAUGCGCUUUCUUGAGUUCCGCUUGAACCAAUGGUUUGAGGAAGAAGCAUUUAGAUAUAGUUCUAAAGUGGAGAAGACAUUUCGAAAGCUAUUUGCUGAAUAUUCCGUAGAAAUCAGUGACCCAUUUCUUGAGAAGGCCCAUAUGAUUGAUGAGAAAGUUGAUGAGAACAAUCCAUGGGCAGAUUGGGGGCAGCAUCAAAGUGCACAGCAAAUGAGUAAAACAAAUGAGUUAGACAAGUACUUAGAAGAAGAAACAAUGUCAGUAGGAGUUGAGCUUGAUAUCUUGCAGUAUUGGAAGAUGCACUCAGGCACUUAUCCAACACUUGCACGAAUGGCACGCGAUAUUCUAGCAGUGCCUGCAUCAACAGUGGCCUCAGAAUCUGCAUUUUCUUCUGCAGAAAGAACUGUGAGUGACUACAGAAGUAGGUUGAAAAGUGAAACAAUAGAAGCUCUUAUUUGCUUUCAAGACUGGUUGAGAUCAGAAGAUAGUACACAUGAUCAUAUAGCCGGAAACAUAGCUGGAGAUGAGCUUGAUUGCAUCUAAUGCAUAUUGCUAAUGCAGGUAGAUGUUUCUGGGUUCUACCUGCGAUGAUUCUGGGUUGCCUGAUCCCACUAUUACAUCACAGAAAUGCUUUUGCUGUGGAAUUGCCUGCUCCAAUGCCAUUCUAGUGACAAGAUUGAUGGUAGCAUUGAAUUGCCUGCUCUGUUUUAACCUGGCUACAAUUUUCUGUUGCUUUUGACAUUUUAGUAGUUUGUUAGACUGGAAUCGAAGAAGCUGCAGCAGCAGGAUUGCUAAGCCACAUAGAGAAGUGAUGGACUAGUGUGGUUCUGUAAUGUAUAAUCCAUUUUAAUAUUUUCAGACACCGAUGUCAUCA